GUAUUCAAACGGCGGCGGCGGCGGAGGUGAAAGGUAGCGGGCGGUGCGCCGCGGCAGCUCCCGGAGGCCGCUCGUAGGCCGCUCCCCUCUGCCCUGUGGGCAACCGAGGGCGUCCCCGCUGUGGGCUCCACAGCUGCUGGGGCUCUGGGGGUUGGGAGAGGCCCUGGCGUUCAGCCCCGGUUCGUAGCCAUGGAAACCAGCAAAUCUCAGAGCAGCCUGGACCAGAAGGAGAAACCCGGGCCAGCUUCUAUCACUAUUCCUGCCUCUCCCUCCAUGCAGAAGCUUGGAUACGGCACUGGGGUGAAUGUCUACUUGAUGAAAAGAUCUCCCAGAGGUUUAUCUCGGUCCCCAUGGGCUGUGAAGAAAAUUAAUUCCAAAUGCAGUAAGAAUCAGCAAAACAUCUAUCAGUCCAGACUGAACGAAGAGGCCAAGAUCUUGAAAAGCCUCAAGCACCCCAACAUUGUGGGUUACCGUGCAUUCACUGAGGCCAACGAUGGAAGCAUGUGUCUUGUUAUGGAGUUUGGAGGAGAAAAAUCUCUCAAUGACUUAAUUGAAGAAAGAAAUGCAGCACGUUUGGGCCCUUUCCCUGCUGCGACAAUUUCCAAAGUUGCCCUGAGCAUGGCAAGGGGGCUGAAGUACCUUCACAAUGACAAGAAGCUGCUCCAUGGAGAUAUCAAGUCUCCCAACGUUGUUGUUAAGGGUGACUUUGAAGCCAUCAAGAUCUGUGAUGUGGGAGUAUCCCUGCCCCUGGAUGAGAACUUGACCGUGAGUGAUCCCACAGUGCACUACAUCGGCACUGAGCCCUGGAAGCCCAAGGAAGCUCUGAGCGACGACGGUGUGAUCACUGACAAGGCUGACAUCUUCUCUUUUGGGCUGACUCUCUGGGAGAUGAUGACCCUGUCUGUGCCCCACCUCAACCUGGGCAGCAGCACUGAUGAUGAAGAUGAGUCUUUUGAUGAGGAUGACUUCGAUGAGGAAGCGUAUUAUGCAGCUUUGGGAACCCGUCCAGCCCUGAACAUGGAUGAGCUGGACUCAUCCUACCAGCAGGUGAUCGAGCUCUUCUCUAUCUGCACCAGUGAGGACCCAAAGAAGCGUCCCUCAGCUGCUCAUGUGGUGGCAGUCCUGGAGGCAAGCCUGCCCCCAGAGCUCAGGGCCUGAACUCAAGAGUGAGGCUGUUCCUGUAGUUGGUAUCCUUCAAGUUCCUGAACCCUGCUCUGUGUACUUUAAAAACAGAGCCUAAACGUGUUGAGUUAUGACCCAUCUUAGCACUGGAGAGAAAGGAUUGCUAGUUCUAAAGCAAUCCUCCCCAGCCUGCACUUUAGUUUGCAAUAUGCUAAAUGCUCUGUGCUACGCUCCGUGUUCUUAAUUGCUCUGUUUGUUAGCAGUUUAAAAACCUUUUCAACGUCUGUGUUGAUUCAGUCCUCUUCAGUUGGUGUUUCGUGACAGGUGUCAAAUACACUUUCUUCUUUA